AUGGAAGCUGUUUCGGGUGUGAUCUCAAGGCAAGUAUUGCCUGCAUGUGGUAGCCUUUGCUUCUUUUGCCCUGGAUUGCGGGCAAGGUCUAGGCAGCCCGUGAAGAGGUACAAGAAGCUGAUUUCGGAUAUUUUUCCCCGGCCCCCGGAAGAAGAACCGAAUGACAGAAAGAUCGGUAAAUUAUGUGAAUAUGGUGCAAAAAACCCUAUGCGCAUUCCUAAGAUAGCAAGCUCCCUUGAACAAAGAUGCUAUAAGGAAUUAAGAAAUGAAAACAUGCGAUCGGUGAAAGUUGUUAUGUGUAUAUACAGGAAGUUCCUGUUCACUUGUAGGGAGCAAAUGCCUUUGUUCGCGAAUAGUCUGCUCAGUAUUAUGCACAUCUUGCUGGACCAGACAAGCCAAGAUGAAAUGUUGAUAAUCGGAUGCCAGUCCCUUUUUGAUUUUGUUAAUAAUCAGAAUGAUGGAACGUACAUGUUUAAUCUAGAAGGAUUAAUUCCAAACCUUUGCCAAAUGGCUCAAGAAGUGGGAGAUGAUCAGAGGGCAGAAAAUCUGCGCGCAGCUGGCCUGCAAGCUUUAUCUGCUAUGGUUUGGUUUAUGGGUGAAAACUGCCAUAUUUCAGUUGAAUUUGACAAUAUUGUUUCAGUAGUCUUGGAAAACUACAAAGGUCAAGGUAAGGAGUCUUGUGAUUCAAAUCAAAAUCGAUGGUUGCAAGAAGUUCAUAAAACCGAGGGACACAUCAUCUCUCCUGGUCCAGAUGUUGUUUCAAUGCAGGUGCCUUCCUGGAGAGUGAUUGUUGAUGAUAGAGGGCAACUUAAUGUGACCGAGGAGGAUGCCAAAAACCCGUGUUUUUGGUCGAGAGUUUGCUUGCACAAUAUGGCGAAUCUCGGUAAAGAGGCAACCACUAUGCGGCGUGUUUUGGAAUCUUUGUUCCGGUAUUUGGAUAAUGGGAAUCAAUGGCCGCUCGACAAUGGGAUUGCUUUUCCAGUUCUCAAAGAAAUGCAGCUAUGGAUGGAUGAUUCGGGGCAAAAUACGCACUUCUUGCUGUCGAUGUUAGUCAAGCAUCUCGACCAUAAAAACGUCCUAAAGCAGCCCAACAUGCAAAUCGACAUUGUUCAGGUUGUCACGGCUCUUGCUCGGCUCACGAGGACUCAGUCUUCUGUUGCUAUAGUGAGCGCUUUAAGUGAUGUCAUGAGACAUUUACGGAAAAGCAUACAUUCUUCUCUAGACGAUGCAAAUCUUGGGGAAGAAGUAAUUAAGUGGAAUAAAAAGUUCCAUGAAGUCGUUGACGAAUGUCUAACAGAGUUGUCGUCAAAGGUUGGAGAUGCCGGACCAAUUCUUGAUGUGAUGGCUUCAAUGCUAGAGAAUAUCUCAAGCAUUACUGUCAUAGCUAGAACAACUAUUGCCGCUGUCUACCGAACUGCUCAAAUUAUAGCUUCUUUGCCGAAUUUAUCAUAUAAAAACAAGGCUUUCCCAGAGGCUUUGUUUCACCAGUUGCUUCCAGCUAUGCUCCACCCAGAUCACGAGACGCGAAUUGGAGCUCAUCAGAUAUUCUCUGUUGUGCUCGUGCCAUCUUCGGUUUGCCCUCAAUCCGAUCCACCUAUUUCUUCUGACUCCUCGAAUAAGAACAACAUUGUAUUCCCUCGAACACUAUCGAGGACUGUUUCGGUAUUUUCCUCAUCGGCUGCACUUUUCGAGAAGCUGAAGAACCAUAGGACCCCUCCUCCCAAGGGAGGAGUUCAAGAAGAACAGAACAACGAAAAUCAAAUUAGUGGCGUAAUGAACAGAAUUAAGUCGACUUAUACUCGAGUGUAUAGCUUCAAACCUUCAUCAGAAUCUGAUUCUGCCACCAAAUUGACCAAAGAAGUGGAUGCUGUUCCUCUUAGAUUGAGCAGUCACCAAAUAACCCUUUUGCUUUCAUCCAUUUGGGCACAAUCACUGUCACCAGCAAACAUGCCUGAAAACUAUGAAGCUAUUGCCCACACGUACAGCUUGGUUCUGUUGUUUGCUCGUGCAAAGAAUUCAUCGCGUGAAGCCCUUAUUCGAAGCUUCCAAUUGGCCUUUUCGCUCAGGAGUGUUUCUCUUGCUCAAGGAGGGAAUUUGCCUCCGUCGCGCCGUAGGUCCCUCUUUGUACUAUCGACUUCAAUGAUCAUCUUCUUAGCAAAGGCUUAUCACAUUUCACCUCUCAUCCCGCUCGUCAAAUCUGAACUUUCUGAUAAAGUGGUUGAUCCCUUUUUAUGUUUGGUAGAAGAUUCAAAAUUGCAGGUUAGCGAAAUGGGAAAUCCACAAGUCGUUUACGGAUCAAAGGAAGACGAUAGUUCUGCGCUGAAAUGUCUUUCGGAAAUAAAAAUCAACGAGAGCCAGACAAAGGAAUCCCUUGUCACUGUUGUUGUGAGAAACUUAGAUAACUUAUUGGAGUGUGAGGCACCUGCAAUGAAGGAGCAGCUGCUCAAAGAAUUCACUCCCGACGAUUUGUGUUCACUUGGAGGCCAAUUGUUCGCGGAUAGCCCGGUAAAAGUACGACAAAGGGAUUCUUACAACAAACCUAAAUUAGAAACGGCAGUCUCGAUGUGUGGAAUAGAUGACGAUCUUCACCAAGAUUCAACCGAAAGUAAUUUCCCGCCAAAUUCGAAGCUGACCAUUGAGUUCCCGAGUCUUCUGAGUGUCGAUCAACUUCUUCAAUCCGUUUUGGAGACAGCUCAUCACGUGGGAAGAAUGUCCGUGAGCACGGCCCCAAACGCGUCCUACAAGGAAAUGGCUAACCACUGCGAAUCGCUUUUGGUGGGAAAACAGCAAAAAAUGUCGGUUUUAAUAAAUGCUAAUCCCAACAGGCAAGCUAGCUUGUUGACUAUAUCUUCCCAAAACUCCCGAGAAUCAGAAAAACUUACGACUCCUCCUUGUGGGCCUCCGAAGGUGGAACAACAGCCAUUUUUUGAUCUCAACCUACCAAAACCGAGCCCAUCUCCACCACUGUGUGCAGCUGAGUAUCAAAAUCGACCCCUCUCGUUCAGGCUUCCGACUUCAAGUCCGUAUGACAAUUUCUUGAAAGCUGCCGGUUGUUGA